UUUCCCGUUUCUUUCUGGAUAAAAAGGUCCUUGGGGAGACAGACAUUGAGAAGUUCCUAUGCCAGAAGCGGAGAUGAAGGAGAAGGAGGCUCCCGAAGCGCACUUCACAGUGGACAAACAAAACAUCUCUCUCUGGCCUCAAGAGCCUCCUCCCAAGCAAGAUCUGUCUCCAGUUCUAAGGAAACCUCUCUGUAUCUGCAUGGCCUUCACCUGCCUGGCAUUGGUGCUGGUUGCCUCCAUUGUGCUUCAGGCUGUUUUCUAUCCCAGGUUGAUGGGCAAAAUAGUGGCUGUGAAGAGUGAUGCACAGAUGUUGAAAGGUCGUGUGGACAACAUCAGCACUCUGGGCUCUGAUCUUAAGAAUGAAAGAGGUCGUGUGGAUGAUGCUGAGGUUCAGAUGCAGAUAGUGAACACCAGCCUCAACAGGGUGCGUUCUCAGAUCCUGUCUUUGGAAACCAGCAUGAAGCUAACCCAUGAUCAGAUCCAGCUAUUAACAAUGAGCUGGGGAGAGAUUGACAGUCUCAAUGCCAAAAUCCCAGAACUGCAAAGAGAUCUGGAUAAAGCCAGCGCCUUGAACACAAAGGUCCGAGGACUACAGAACAGCUUGGAGAAUGUCAACAAGCUGCUCAAAGAACAGAGUGACAUUCUAGAGAUGGUGGCUCGAGGCUGGAAGUAUUUCUCGGGGAACUUCUAUUACUUUUCGCGCACCCAAAAGACCUGGUACAGUGCAGAGCAGUUCUGUAUUUCCAAGAAAGCUCACCUGACUUCAGUGUCCUCAGAAUCAGAACACGAGUUUCUCUACAAGGCAGUAGAUGAAAUUCCACACUGGAUUGGACUUACCAGAGCAGGGAGUGAAGGGGACUGGUACUGGGUGGACCAGACGUCAUUCAACAAGGAGCAAAGUAAGAGGUUCUGGAUUCCAGGUGAACCGAACAACAUAGCGAACAAUGAGCACUGUGCCAAUAUCAGGGUGUCUGCCCAGAAGUGCUGGAACGAUAGUACCUGUGACAAUACAUUUCUUUUCAUCUGCAAGAGGCCCUACAUCCAAACAAUCGAAUGACAGAUCUGGCCUGAGCUCAGCAUCUGUGGGGCAACAGUGACCUGGCUGAAGAGAUGUCUCUUUCCCUGAGGCUCCAAGAUUGCUCUGUAUUUUAUGUUUUUCUUGCUUGAAAAUUGUUCCAAACACACUCUGGAGUCCUUCUGUCUUGACUGGCAAUUCUCUGCUCCCGGAGGCCUUGGAGGAGCUUGGGUUAGAUGGGCGAGGACCUGGAGAGGGUGUAGCAGUCCUUGCUGCCCAGGUGAGGCAGGUCAGCACCCCAAACAUUUUGUUUAGAUUUUCCUGAUCCUUCUCAGAAGCCUUGGGUGAUCAUAUAAAGGCCACAUUCAAAUAUGACAUGCCCAAAUUUAACCAUGAUACAAUUUAUACAACACACCUUGUGGUGCUCUCAAAAUAUGUAAAUAUGUUGUUUUUAUGUGCCUAUUGCAAAUAAAUGUAAAGACUUACUA